CGCAAAAUGAGCUCCAACUCAACAAUCGUGGACGCAGAGUCCACCAUCGCCGACGAAACCUCGCACUCGGACGAGGGAGCGGACGAAAAAGCAACUCGCGAUGCGAGACCGACGUGGCACAUGGAAUCCGAAGUGCGUCUAAUGAAGGAUCGCGACGAAAAAGGGGGCGAGAAACCCAGGAAGCUGGGUGUGACAUGGAACAACCUGACGGUCAAAGGCAUCGGCAGAGACGCCAAUUUCAAUGAGAAUGUGCUCUCCCAGUUUGCUGGCCCCUUCCACAAGAACGGCAAAGGAGCGCAGAUGAAAACGAUUAUUGAAGACUCGCAUGGGUGUGUCAAGCCUGGGGAGAUGUUGCUUGUCCUCGGACGACCCGGGGCGGGCUGCACGACAUUGCUGAGCGUGCUCGCCAACAAUCGACUGGGCUACGAAGAGAUCACCGGAGACGUCUUCUACGGAAGCAUGUCUGCCGAAGAAGCGAAACGGUAUCGUGGUCAAAUCAUCAUGAACACCGAAGAGGAGGUCUUCUUUCCGACCCUGAGUGUCGAGGACACGAUCGCUUUCGCCGCCCGCAUGAAGGUCCCAUACCACCUGCCCCCGGGAUUCCAGUCUCAAGAGGAAUACGUACAGUCAUUCAAGGACUUUCUCCUCCGUUCUGUCGGAAUAUCCCACACCGCGCAUACCAAGGUGGGAGACGCUUUCAUCAGAGGUGUCUCUGGAGGGGAGAGGAAGCGGGUGUCGAUUCUCGAAUGCCUGACCACGCGCGCCAGUGUUUUCUGCUGGGAUAACUCGACAAGAGGCCUCGAUGCCAGUACAGCGCUUGACUGGAUCAAGGCAAUCAGGGCAAUGACCGACAUUUUGGGUCUGACUACCAUUGUCACACUUUACCAGGCGGGCAAUGGCAUCUACGAGCAGUUUGACAAAGUCCUUGUCCUGGAUGAGGGCAAACAGAUUUUCUACGGGCCCCGAGAGAGUGCGGUGCCAUUUAUGGAGGAUCUUGGCUUCAUGAUGGCUUCUGGCUCGAAUCGUGCGGACUUUCUGACUGGGGUCACAGUCCCAACCGAGCGUCUUAUUGCUCCUGGAUACGAAGACAAGUUCCCCCGUACCGCUGCUGAUAUUCUGUCUGCCUACAACCAGUCGAGCAUCAAGGAGCAGAUGCAGCAGGAAUCUCAAAGCUACCCGACCAGCGAGACAGCCAAGACAAAUACGGCUGUCUUCAAGGAAAUGGUCGCUCGGGAGAAGCACAGGGGUGUGCCUGCCAAGUCUUCUACGACUGUUGAUUUCGCCACACAAGUGAAAGCGGCUGUUAUUCGACAGUACCAGCUCAUGAAAGGUGACAAGCCGACGUUACUGAUGAAGCAGGGCGCCACAUUAAUACAGGCCCUUCUUGGUGGUUCGCUUUUCUAUUCUGCGCCCGAUAAUUCAAUCGGCCUGUUUCUCAAGGGCGGCGCUCUCUUCUUCUCCAUCUUGUACAACGCCCUGAUCGCCUUAUCUGAGGUGACCGACUCCUUCACAGGUAGGCCUAUCCUGGCCAAGCACCGCUCCUUCGCCUUGUAUCAUCCAGCAGCGGUCUGUAUCGCUCAGAUCAUUGCCGACUUUCCCAUAAUGCUAUUUCAGGUGACGCACUUUGGCCUUGUUCUCUAUUUCAUGGUUGGCCUGAAAACCACGGCAGCGGCAUUCUUCACCUACCUGGUCACCAACUUCAUGACUGCCAUGUCGAUGACGGCAUUCUUUCGGCUUGUUGGCGCGGCCUUUCCUACUUUUGACGCUGCGACCAAAGUCUCUGGUCUGUCCAUCGUGGCCUUGUUUGUCUACAUGGGCUACAUGAUCAUCAAACCGCAGAUGCAUCCCUGGCUUGUCUGGAUAUUCUGGAUCAAUCCCAUGGCCUAUGGAUUCGAAGCGCUGCUUGGGAAUGAAUUUCAUGACCAGGAUAUACCCUGUUAUGGCCCCAAUAUCAUUCCAAGCGGCCAUGGAUAUCUUGAUGGCCAGGGGGGGCAAUCCUGUGCUGGUGUUUUGGGGGCGGAGCCUGGCGCGACGAGCGUUACUGGCGAUGCGUACCUCGCAGCCAUGUCGUUCAGCCACAGUCAUGUCUGGCGCAACUUUGGCAUCAUCUGCGCCUGGUGGGUGUUCUUUGUUGUGCUUACGAUAUUCUUCACCACGAGGUGGAAGCUGCCUGGAGAAGGGGGCCGCCGACUCUUGAUUCCUCGAGAAAAACAGCACAAGUCGAAGCAUCUCUUGGAGGCUAGCGACGAGGAAGCGCGACCUACAGAAAAGUCUGCAGCAUCGAAGCCUGGGUCUACUUCAUCAAGCGACGCUAUCGAGAAGAACCUCUUCCGGAACAAGAGCAUAUUCACCUGGAAGAAUUUGACGUAUACCGUCAAAACCCCAGACGGCGAUCGCGUUCUCCUGAAUAACGUGCAGGGGUACGUCAAACCAGGCACGCUGGGAGCCCUCAUGGGUUCGUCUGGAGCUGGCAAGACGACCCUUUUGGACGUCCUGGCUCAGCGAAAAACAUCCGGCACAAUCCAUGGAUCUAUCCAGGUUGACGGACGGCCCCUUCCUAUUUCCUUUCAACGCUCUGCUGGUUAUGUCGAACAACUGGAUGUCCACGAGCCUUUUGCGACCGUCCGUGAGGCUUUGGAAUUUUCCGCCCUCUUGCGCCAACCUCGCGACACGCCAAUCGAGGAAAAAUUACGAUAUGUGGAUACGAUAAUUGACCUCUUGGAGCUCCACGACCUCGAGCAUACAUUGGUAGGUCGCCCCGGGAGUGGCCUCUCCGUGGAGCAACUAAAACGUCUUACCAUCGGGGUUGAGCUGGUAGCGAAGCCAAGUAUCCUCAUCUUCCUUGAUGAGCCCACAUCCGGGUUAGAUGGCCAGGCCGCCUACAACACGGUUCGCUUUCUGCGUAAACUAACAGCGGUUGGACAGGCUGUUUUGGUCACGAUCCAUCAGCCUUCGUCGCUCUUGUUCUCCCAAUUUGACAAGCUGCUCUUGUUGGCAGCGGGUGGGAAGACUGUUUACUUUGGUGACAUUGGGGAGAAUGCAAAGAAUAUACGCGAAUACUUUGGUCGGUAUGGAGUCCCAUGUCCUCCAGAAGUCAACCCUGCAGAGCACAUGAUCGACGUGGUUUCUGGCCUACGAGAUGGCCAAGACUGGAACCAAGUCUGGCUGCAGUCUCCGGAACAUGCGGCCCUUUCUCACGAACUCGACACCAUCAUCGCCGAAGCUGCAGCUCAACCCCCAGCAAUCCAGGACGACAACCGCGAAUUCGCAGCUUCACUGUGGACGCAGGUCAAAUACGUGACGCACCGAAUGAACCUCUCGCUCUUCCGAAACACCGAAUACCUCAACAACAAAUUCGCAAUGCACAUCAGCCUGGCGCUUCUGAAUGGGUUUACUUUUUGGAUGAUUGGGGACUCGGCCACGGACCUGCAGCAGAACCUCUUCACCGUCUUCAACUUCAUCUUCGUCGCUCCUGGUGUCAUUUCCCAGCUGCAGCCUCUCUUCAUUGACCGCCGCGACAUCUAUGAGGCUCGCGAGAAGAAGAGCAAGAUGUACCACUGGGCCCCCUUUGUCACUGGCCUAAUCGUUUCGGAAAUGCCCUACUUGCUCGUCUGCGCGUUGCUGUAUUACGUCUGCUGGUACUUUACCUGCGGCCUCCCUACCUCGGCAGACCACGCUAGUAGUGUCUUCUUUGUUGUCGUGAUGUACGAGUUCCUCUACACGGCCAUCGGGCAGAUGAUUGCCGCCUAUACCCCAAACGCCGUCUUUGCAUCCCUCGUCAACCCCCUGGUCAUCACAACCCUCGUCUCCUUCUGCGGCGUCAUGAUUCCAUACAGCCAGAUCGUGGCCUUUUGGAGAUACUGGAUGUACUACAUUGACCCCUUCAACUACCUCAUGAGCUCCCUCCUCGUCUUCACAACCUGGGACAAGCCCGUCCACUGCAACCCAUCAGAGCUAGCCGUAUUCGACCCAGCACCGAACCAAACCUGCGGGGAAUACCUGGACGUCUACCUCCAUGGCGCCAUGGGUGCGGGUAGGAAUCUCCUUAAUCCGAGCGACACUGCUGGCUGCCAGGUGUGCCAGUACACGCAGGGCGGGGAUUACCUGCGGACGCUGAAUCUCGCCGAGGAAUACUUUGGGUGGAGGAAUGCGGGCAUUGUUGUGGUGUUUGUGGUUGGGAUUUACGGGCUUGUUUUUCUCAUGAUGAAGCUGAGGACUAAGGCUACGAAGAAGGCUGAGGAGUAG